AUGUCUGCCACCAGAUCUCAGUCCCCCUACAGCAGCCGCGACGAAAGCCCCUCAUUGAGGGGGGCUGAUUCGGGCUAUGCCAGUGCCAACAACAGUGAAUGUGGCCUGCCAGAGGUAUACUUUACCAAACCACAUCUGCAGUUCUUAAACCGGCAGCUGCAGUUCCUCGAACCUCAAGAGAUUCUGAGAUGGUGCAUUACGUCGUUGCCACACCUCUUCCAGACUACGGCCUUUGGCUUGACGGGUCUGGUUACCCUGGACAUGCUUUCGAAGCUGAAGAUUCCUCGUCCUCAGAUGGUCGACCUCAUCUUCCUUGACACCCUACAUCACUUUCCCGAGACUCUAGAGUUGCUGGAUCGAAUUCGGGCGAAAUAUCCUCUGAUUAAUAUCCAUGUCUACAAGCCAGAAGGCGUGGAGACAGCGCAGGAAUUCGCAGAGAAGUAUGGUGACAAGCUCUGGGAGACCGAUGAUAACAAAUACGACUACCUUGCCAAGGUUGAGCCAGCGGCUAGAGCUUAUCGUGAGCUUCAAGCCUACGCUGUCUUGACUGGUAGGAGGAGGAGUCAGGGGGGUCAGCGAGGCGACCUGGACAUCAUCGAGGUUGAUGAGGCGGGCUUGAUCAAGAUCAACCCAAUGGCCAACUGGUCUUUCCAGCAGAUUCAGCAAUAUAUCAAGGAAAAUGACGUACCUUACAAUGCUCUCUUGGACCGAGGCUACAAGAGCAUUGGUGAUUGGCACUCCACGAGCCCGGUCAAAGAGGGCGAAGACGAGCGGGCCGGUAGAUGGAAGGGCCAGCAGAAGACUGAAUGCGGCAUUCACAACCCACGGUCGAAGUACGCACAGUUCCUGAUGGAGCAAGAGAAGAAGAGGGAACGCGAAGCCCUGGAACAAGCCUUGCAGCAAGUUACGCUGGAGGCAUGA